ACGCGCCACUAAGAUGGGGUUCGAGUGGCCGUGGCAGUACAAUUUCCCCCCUUUCUUCACAUUGCAGCCCAAUGUGGAUACUAGGCAAAAGCAACUGUCAGCAUGGAGCUCAUUGGUCUUGUCUUACUGCCGGCACAACAAGUUGUACACCAUGAAUUUAAUGGAAAUCCAAGAGAGCCCGUUAUUCAACAACAAGAAGAUACAGCGAAAGCUGUCUUUGGAAUCUGUCCAGGUGGUUUUAGAGGAACUCAAGAAAAAAGGGAAUCUGGAGUGGAUAGAUAAGAACAAAUCUAGGUUCUUGAUCAUGUGGAGGAGACCAGAUGAAUGGGGCAAAGUCAUUUACCAAUGGGUCUCCAAGAAUGGAAUGACCAAUUCUGUCUUCACUCUUUAUGAGUUGAUCAGUGGCGAUGACACAGAGGGAGAAGAAUUCCAUGGUCUGGAUGAGGCCAUGUUACUCAGAUCCUUGGAAGCACUGCAGCAAGAACACAAGGCUGAAAUCAUCUUGCUAAAUGACAGCAGAGGCGUGAAAUUCUUUUAACGAACAAUUUUUCUUGGUGUUAUCCAGCUGCCUGGUAGAACUACAAUAUGCUUUUAUAGCAAAUGGAGAAGAGUUGUCUCUAGUUGUUCUCUUACCUGUUGGAGCAGGAAGCCAGACUGGACCCUGGAGACCCAAUCCAUACCUCUGACAAUAUUACACCUGGAUCACAUCCUUGGAAAUGAGGGUUGUUCUAUUUUUACAUUGUAUUGUAUAUUUCACAGGAAGCCUGUGUGUUACGAAAGUCUUUUCACUUCCUUGCAAAUAAAUUCUUGACAAGCCA